CUGGGCACCCUGACACAUUUCCCAGGCCAGGACCGUCCUGGGAAAACCUUUGACCAGGUGGCAACUAGUGUUACCAGCUUGGAAAUGCAAAAACAAACAAACAAACCAGCAAAACCAGAUCUGCUCCCCUCCCUAAAGCAAGCCUGCCACAGCCCCAACCACAAGGCAGCUUUGCACCCCCACCCUUCAACAGCUCCCUAUGGUGUCUGGCGCGAGAUCCCCUAGAGAUAACAUGGCAUGUCUCCGUAUGACGCAAACCCGCUUGCGCGCUGGAGGGCAGACAGGCUGCUGGAGCCCUGGGCCCACAGAAAGAUGGCGAACAUCGGUGACCUGCCCGAAGAUGUCCUGGUGGAACUCUUUUCCCUGGUCCCCGCCCGGGAGCUGAUCUGUAACUGCCAGCUGGUCUGUGUCCUCUGGCGGGAUGUGAUCAACUUAGCCACUGUGUGGAAACGCAAGUGUCAGCGGGAGGGCUUUAAUCAUGAGAAGUGGGACAAGACUAUCCAGGACUGGAAGAUCUUCUAUUUCCUCUGCAGCGUGAAGAAGAACUUACUCAAAAAUCCUUGUGCUGAAGAGAGCUUUCAGUUCUGGACUCUGAAAUCGAACGAGGGAAAUGAAUGGAAAGUCGAGGAUCUGCCUGGGGAACACGGGAGAGACUUUCCCAGCCCACACGUGCGCAAAUACUUUGUCACCUCUUACGGGCAGUGUCUAAAGGUUCAGCUCAUUGACCUAAAGAAAGAGGGUUACUGGGACCAGCUGAUGGAUGAAAUACGGCCUGAUAUUGUAGUCAAGGACUGGUAUGCUGCCAGGUUUGACUGUGGGUGCCGUUAUGAACUCCGUGUGCAGCUGCUCUCUGCAGACUACAUCGUCCUUCACGAGUUCUGUCCCGAACCAGUGAUCAUAGAGCAGUGGAGUGAUGCAGAGUGGAGAGAGAUCUCUUACACCUUCCACAACUACCAAGCUGGAGUUCGUCACAUCUUGUUCGAACACGGAGGACAGGACACCCAGUACUGGGCAGGAUGGUACGGGUGCAGAGUGACGAACAGCAGCAUCACCAUUGAGCCGGGAGGUCACCGUAGAGAGGCCACGAGCCAGACUCCAGCUCUUAGCACUUGAGGUAAUCUGCGUGAGCUCUCCCAGUUCAGACUUGGGGUGGUGUCAGACAUUUUUUUUUUCGCUCUGUCCCCAGCCUCUCCAUGACUGUAUUUUCAUACCCUGGCUGGAAUCUGCAGAACAAGUGCUCCUGGUUGACACCAAGCCUCCUACAACCUCUGCCCUCUGAAAUGACUUGUCUUCUCUGGGACUCCAUUUUAACCUCCUGCAUCUCGCACCAGGGACAUCAGCCAGGCCAAGCAGCCGAGUGUCUUUCCCACAGGAGGGAGUAUGCUCCGGGGCUACGGUCUGCUAAGAAAUCAGCCUCUUCUAAAAGGCCUGGCCUUGGCUGCGGCACAGGCACCAGAGUCCCCAGCAGCACCUCUUUAAAGGAGACCUUCAUAGGGGGCAGGGACUGAGGGUUGUGCCUGUG